CUCAGUGAAUGGGGCACAGUAUGUGAUGCAUGCUGGGAUAUGAGAGCUGCCAGUGUCCUCUGUAAACAGCUGAAUUGUGGGAUUGCUGUGUCUGUUGUGGGAUCAGACUGGUUUGGAGAGGGAAGUGGUGAAAUCUGGGCUGAUGUGUUUGAUUGUGACGGGAAUGAAACAAAACUCUCCGAAUGUUCAAUCUCUUCAUGGAGUCGAGCUGAACGCUCUCAUAGACGAGAUGUUGGAGUCAUCUGCUCUAACUCAUCUCUGGCUCUUCAUGAGGGUCUGGUGCGGUUGUCUGGAGAGAGUCAGUGUGAGGGGCAGGUGGAAGUUUUGAUCCAGCAGGUCUGGAGGAAGGUUCUGCUGGACUCCUGGAGUCUCACUGAAUCCUCUGUGGUCUGCAGACAGCUGGGCUGUGGCUCUGUGCUCAACUUCUCCGGCUCCUCUUCAUCCAGUCCUGAACACAGUCAUGAGUGUGUGAUGGGCUUCCAGUGCUCUGGGAGUGAAGCUCAUCUGGGGAACUGCAGCUCUCCACAAACUCUCAACUGCAGCUCCACACAACAGCUGUCAAUCACCUGCCUUGGCCGCGGGUCCAUCAGGCUGGUGGGUUCUGGGGGAGACUGUGCAGGGAGGCUGGAGGUUUUUCACAGCGGCUCAUGGGGGACAGUGUGUGACGACUCCUGGGAUAUUAAAGAUGCCCAUGUGGUGUGCAGACAGCUGCAGUGUGGAGUGGCCCUCAGUAACCAGCAGGUACCAGCCUGGUUUGGUCCUGGUUCUGGACCCAUAUGGCUGGAUGAGGUGGAAUGUGAGGGGAAUGAGACGUCCCUGUGGAGCUGCUCUUCUCCAGGCUGGGGAAAACAUGACUGUCGACACAAGGAGGAUGUAGGAGUCAUCUGCUCUGCUCAUGUUCCUCUCAGACUGCGUGGAGGAGACGGCCGGUGCUCUGGGAGGCUGGAGGUGUAUCAUAACACUGUGUGGGGCUCAGUCUGUGAUGAUCUCUGGGACAUCAGCGAUGCUCAGGUGGUCUGCAGGCAGCUGGGUUGUGGAGCAGCACUGAGGGCUGAUGGGAAUUCAGCCUUUGGUGCUGGUGAAGGUGUUGUGUGGCUGAACAGAGUCCAGUGCAGAGGGAAUGAGCUUCACCUGUGGAACUGUCCUCUCUCCCUGAACAACCACACUGACUGCUCCUACAAAGAGCACGCUGGACUCACCUGUGCAGACUUGCCGGAUAUAUCAGUGUCCACUACUCCUGCCACAUCAACAUCAUCUUCUGCUGCAGUUUCUCAGACAGUGAGCUCAACAUCAGUCUCUCCUCCACAAACUGGUCCAGAAACUCUCCCAGUCCCCCCAGUGCUGCUGAUUGUACUGGGAGUUGUGCUCUUACUGCUCUUAGUGCCGCUGCUUAUACUGAUUCAGCAGAACAGAGUGAUGAGGAGAGGUAGGAGAGAUCCAGAGACUGUCAUAUUGUGUCUUCUUCAGUGUGUGAUCAGUCAUGUGUUGUGUAAAGAUGUGCUUUCUGAACAACAGCAUUCUGGGUAUGAAGAUGCUGAUGACCUUCUUUCAGCUGGACCUCACUCCUAUGAUGACAUCUCAAUUGAUGGCCCUGGAGAUGACUUACCAGAAAACUAUGAUGAUGUCAUUGUCGUGCGGCAACUCUCCAACGAUAAAGCAGAGAGUGAUGAGGAUUAUAGUGAUCUAGAUGUCAGGGAGUAUGCAAGUGACAUGUUUGGUUAUGAUGAUGUGGGGGAAGAACCAGAAAAACAGGAAGCAAAUGUGCCAGACUUUGACGCUGUAUCUAAACUCAAGUGUUUACCACAAUCGCUCUUCUCAUGUCAGAUAAUCUCACGAGAGGUUGUAGAGGAGAUGAAGAUGAAGAGCUGUCUGACAGUCCUUUUGAUGUCUACAGUUGUUACACUCCCCAAUGAAGGUAAGAGCAUCCAGUUCCAGAAAUGUAUACAAAAAAUGUCUUUCCCUUUCUUGUGUACAGGGGAAGUGAGAUUAGUUGGUGGUAACAGCCCCUGUGCUGGUCGAGUAGAGGUGUAUCAUAAAGGUCAGUGGGGAACAGUCUGUGAUGAUGGCUGGGACCUAAAUGAUGCUAAAGUGGUUUGUAAAGAACUGGGCUGUGAUAAAGCAUUACGUGCUGCUGGCCUUGCUCGCUUUGGAUGGGGAUCAGGACCAAUCUGGAUGGGUGCAGUUAAUUGUACAGGAUCAGAGUCAAGACUGAAGGAUUGUAAAUCAAGGAGGAGGGGUGUAAGUAACUGUAAACACGAUGAAGAUGCUGGAGUUGUCUGUUUGGGUAAGUUGGCUGGUCGCCUUCCCAGACUCAUAAAUGGACCUCAUCUGUGUGCUGGGAGAUUAGAGAUACAAAACAUAAAGACGUGGAUGUCAGUGUGUGAUGUUGGCUUUGACCAGCAGGAUGCAGAGGUUGUGUGUAGAGAGCUGGACUGUGGGGUUCCUGUACAGGUGCUGAGAGCUGCUGCUUUUGGUAAAGUAGAAUCUCAGAUGUGGACACAUGAGAUUCACUGCAGAGGAAAUGAGUCUCACCUGGUUUUCUGUCCUGCGUUCAAGUCUUCACACUGUACCCUUGAAAAUGCUGUAGGAGUAAUAUGCUCUGGUUAAGUAACAUUUGA